AUGAUGAAGAGAAAACUAUUACUAUUAAUAUUUUCAAUUAUUAUUCAUAAUUCAUGGUGUCAAAUUGAAGAUCAAGCAAUUGUUUCAAAUCAUGCGCCAGUUUUACAAGUCUCAUCUACUGAAGGAUUUCUACCAGAAACUGCAGAUAUUGGAACAACUGUUAGAGUUUCACCAAAUAUGCAAUCAGAAUCGCUUCAGAUUUUGGUAAAUGAUGAUGAUUUGGUAAGUAGAAUUUAUUUUAUUAUGAAAAUUCCCUUCUUUGAAAAAUUAUAUAUUCGUAUUUUUGUAGCAACCUGGAAUGCCUCCGGCAACCUAUCAAUACAUUUUAACUGGCCUUGGAGCAACAAUCUUCGCCGUAGAUCAGCGAGGAUAUGUCUAUCUAAACGUUCCAAAAAUCGACGCCGAUCCUCCAAAUCCAUCAACGUAUCAAUUGAACGUCGAAGCUCGUGAAGUUAACACUGUUCCAAAUCGACGAAGUGAACCAGUCACAAUAACAAUUCAUAUACUUGAUGCAAAUGACAAUUCACCACAAUUCGAACAACCAAUUUAUAUGGCAAAUACAACAGCUGACGGGGGCGAUCGACCGAUUGUAAGGGUUCAUGCAACAGAUAUUGAUUCGGGAUCUUUUGGACAAGUCUCCUAUUCAAUUGCUCAGGUGAGAUAAACAUUCUAUAAAUAGAAUUAAUGUAAAUAAACAAGCAUGGGAAAAAUGAUCUUGAACCCAACAGAGAAAAAGAUCAAUUUUUUUAAUUGUUUGAACAAAAAAAAACUUCUAGGUGACUAACAAUGCUGAUGAUAAAUUCCGAUAUGACGAUGAUACAAACACACUUUUUGCAACUGGUCCUCUUGUUGCUGGUGAAAGAUAUCAAGUUGUGAUUGAUGCAACUGAUGGAGGUGGCCGAUCUUCGCAAGCAAUCGUAAUUGUUUUAGCAACAUCUGAAGAAACCCAUGCUUCACUUGCCCCACUUCCUGGAAUGGAAACCUUCCUUCCAAAUCCACAGGCAAUGUUUGGAACUACACCAAGUAGCAUGGUAACAAGUGCUGAAUCCGAAGAAACUAUUCAAACAUUUGUGACAGAAGUGAAUGAAAAUACACCACCAAAUACUGUUGUUGUUAGUUUGGGUGGAGAAGAUUCGAAUAAGUAUACAUAUUUCAAUAUUGUUGGUGGGAAUGAAGAAGGAAAGUUUGCUAUUGAUGAUAUGGGAACAAUUGUGACAGCAGAUGAAUUGGAUCGAGAGAAAACUGCAAUGUAUUCAUUGCAAGUUGAAACAAGAAGUAGAGUUCCAGAUCAACAUCUAUAUUGGACAUUAGUCCAAGUUACAGUUAUGGUAAGUUAUUUUCUUUUGAAAUGUUAUAAACAAAUGCGUUUUCUAGGACGUUAAUGAUAAUCCACCAGUUUUCGUCGACGAUCAACCAAUUCGUCUUCGAUUAAGCAUUGAUGACAUUGAACAACUCUCAAAUAAUAUGAUUAUUGGUAAAAUCAACGUUGAAGAUGCUGAUGCUGAUGAUAAUGGUCGGCUCGAACUUCGAAUUAUGCCACCACACAAUAAUCUUUUCGCAAUUUCCAACGACGGUAUUGUGAGUGUAAAUGGAGAUUUCACAGCUGCUCAUUUCGGCGAACACGAACUAACUGUAGUUGCCCGCGAUCAUGGUGAUCCUCCACUCGAAACUCGUGCCGCUAUGCAGAUUUCGAUUUUCGGAACUUUGAUCACAAUGGCAACAGCAUCACCAACGGUUUGUUUUGAUUUAUUUCUUAUUGUAGUGAAUUGAUACCUUUUUGAGUUCAUUCUGUUGUGUAUUUAUGUUUUUCUUUCCCUGAAUGUGAAUUUUGACAGAAUGAGGUAUUCGAAUACACAUCAAGUGUUGAAGAAGAGCCAUCAACAGGUGAUUUUAUGCCAAACACAACUCCAGAAUCAGCCAAGAAUCAACAACAUGUUUUCUCAUCAUUCCCAACAACCGAUGCUUCUGAACCCGAGUUCCCACAAUUCCCCACCUUCCCAACAUUGAGUCCAAAUCCUCAGGUAUUUCCCUUUUUCUUUUUUUAUUUUAAGUUAUCAUCACCUUUUUAGUUGCUUAUUUUUAAGUUUUCCUCCCUUUUCACAGAUUGACGAGGAUAAUGAAGAUGGUGAAGAUUAUGAUGAAGAUGAAACAUCAGCAACCACAAUGACAACCACAACCACUGAAAUUCCUGAUUAUUCUAGUCAGGAAAUGCCGGAGGCAAGUAGUAGCACGAUUUCCCCCAGCUCUAGCACAUUUAUUGAAGUCUCACUUGAGACUGAAUCACCUGAAGAACCCACCACAGUUAGCACUUUUUCACCGGAAGAAUAUAUCACUUCCACUGUAUCCCCAUAUACUGAUGAUUAUAUCGAACCCUCUGCACCUGAAGAUUAUUAUCAAUCUUCUUCUUCUUCCACAAUUGCACCAUUACCCGAAAUCACCACACAAGAUUAUGAAGAAGAAGAAAUUGAAUCGACAUCUCAAACUCAAACUUCAGAAGAUUACGAAACCACGAAUCAAGUUGACUAUCAGGAAACGGAGAGCCAGGUGACACACUAACUUUUUCGUUUGCAUGACUAUUUUCGUUGAAUGAAAUAACUUUAAAUGCAUAAGCUAUAAGUUGUUCACUUCAACAAGAGUUUUCAGGAAGUUACAUCAACUCCAAUGUCAACAAAAAUGGCACCAACAAAUCCACCAACAGUUGCUCCGAAACGAAUCGCUCCAGUUUUCAAACCAGCUCAAAUUACUGUUCAAAUCGAUGAGAAUGAAUCACAAGUCGAAAUCACGAAAGCUCAUGCAACAUAUCCAGAUGGUCUUCCAGGGGCUGUUACUUAUGUUCUUCAUAGAGGAGAUCCAUCUAUUUUUUCGUAAGUUCACUAAAAUAUGUUGUAAAAAAAAGAAACAAUCCUUGUUUUCAGGGUUUCAUCAUAUUCUGGCUCUGUUAAUUUGUUGCAACCUCUUGAUGCUGAAACCAAUUCCUCAAUCACCAUUCAAAUCUCAACUGCUGAAGCACAAAAUCUUCAAGUUGAUCCAAAACUUGCGCAUUAUGUUAGUAUCACAGUUAAUGUUGGUGAUAAGAAUGAUUGGAUUCCAAACUUCGAAAACGCGAAUUAUGAAUUUGAUGUAAAAGAAGAUACAUUGCCUGGAACUAUUGUUGGACAAGUUGCUGCUUUCGAUCAAGACCGAGAUGAUCCAAACAACUUGAUUCGAUAUCGACUUGUUAGUGCUGGUGGUUUGGAAGCUCAUUUCAAUGUUAAUUCUGAAAAUGGACUCAUCACUUUGGCAAGACCUAUCGAUGCUUUCUCUGGAGAAAAGAUCACAUUGAGAAUCGAAGGAGCUGAUAGUGGUAUGCCAGCACUUUCUUCAACAACAACUGUAUUAAUCAAUGUUGUUGCUACUAGUUCUCAUUUGAUUCCUGAUGCAUCACCAGUUUCGAAUACACCAAAUGAAGGAGAAAUUCAAUUCAGUUUGAGAAAUUACACGUAAGUUCAUAUUUUGAGAAAAUUUGUAAAAACUUCAAAGAAAAAUAAUUUCAGUGCAUCUGUCUCUGAAGCUGUCCGUCCUCCACAUCUCGUUCAAGUUUUGUCUAUUAUGAAUAAACCAGCUGACACAAGAUUUAUUAUUUGUAAUAUUGUUUCUGGUAACUAUCGAGGUGCAUUUGGUAUCACUGCUGGAAAUGAUGGAAAUUGUGAAUUACGAACACAGAUGGAAUUAGAUCGCGAAACUGUUGAGAGAUAUUUAUUGAAUGUUACUGUUACAUCUGGAAGUCAAACUGAUUAUGCAUUGAUUUCAAUCACUGUUUUGGAUGUUAAUGACAAUGUUCCAAGAUUUAUCUACGAUUCUGAUCUUGGCUUGAGCACAUAUUUCGGAGCCGUAUCAUCUACUUCCAAUGCUUUUAGUCGAGUCUUAACUGUGAAAGCAGAAGAUGCAGAUUUGGGUAACAGUAGUUUGGUCAACUAUGCCCUCGAUCCACUUUCAUCUCAAUCCAAAUAUUUCUCAAUCAGUCCAUUUGGAGAGAUUUCUACCAAGCAAAGUAUGACAACUAUCCUUCAACGCAAUCGAGUGCAGUUUUUCGAAUUCCGAGUUUCCGCUUGUGAUUCUCCAAUUUCUGGUCAACAACUUUGCUCAAAAGCCGAUGUUGUUGUCAAUGUUAUCACACCAGCAAAUAGAUUCAAAAUGAUCAUUUAUGGUUUGAAUCCUCAACAACUCAAGAAACAUGAGAAGGAUCUCAUUAAAUCAAUCAGACAAUUCACUGGAAAUUGUAACUUAUUAACAAUCGAAAAAAUGGUCGAACAUACAGCAAUCGAAAAUCAAGUUAGAACUGAUAUCUAUUGGUAUGCAGUGAAUCCAAGUAACAAAAAGAUUUGCAAGAAACAAGACAUUCGAAAGUUGUUCGAGCCGACAAAUGUGCAAUUAAUUGCUGGAAAAGUACAACCAUGGUUCAGAUUGGAAAAGAUUUCAGAAGAUGCGGGAGAUGAGAAUUUGAAUGCAACAUUGUUGCCAUCAAAUUGGAAAACAGCCAGUAUUCGUAAGUUUUUUUUUCUCUUCGUUUUUUGAGAAAUAAUUAUAUUUUUAGUGCUCAUAAUUCUUGCUGUUGUCAUCGCUGUUGGUGCUCUUGUUGGAAUUUGCGCCGUUUGUAUUUUCUGGUCACGAUACAAAGAUUCACAGCGUAACUCGGCCAACUUUUCACAUUCUUAUCCACAAAAACUUGGGCCAGUUUAUCUCCCCAAUGUCCCAAUGGACUAUGAAACACAAAUGGUUGAGAUGCCAAUAUCUGACGAAGAUUUGACAAUGAAAUCAGGUUCUAUGGGCGUUCCAGCACAUCAUCAAUUGCAACAACAACCAAGACCCGCAAAUCAACAAUACCGUACCUAUGGUUACGGUAGACAACAAAGCACUGCAUAUGAAGGCGAUUUUAGUAUAGAAGAAUCAAUGUAUGCAAUAAAUCCAAGUGGACGAUUAGAUCCAGUUACAAAGUGAGUUUAGUAUUGAAAUGAAAUACGGAAAAUUAGUUUGAAAAUUUAAAAACAACACAAAAUAAACCCAAAAAACUUUUGCAGUCGAGUAAUAUUGCCUUCGAAUCAACUACGAAAUCCGAGUAAGAGUUUGUGAAAAACGCUUCUACUUAUUAUGUUUUUUUUUGAGUUUGCAUGUGGGAAAACGCUUCUUUUAUGUUGAAAAUUUAUGUUAUCUUCGGGGGUAAAAUGUGGAAUUUUUUCAGACGUAUACAGACCAUCGUAA